AUGUCUGAGUUCAGUCCGAGGGAAAUCCUCGACCCGACAGUGUAUUUCAUGGGUGAAUUUACCUUGGAGGGCGAGCGAUUUUCUGGUCCCAUUUGCCGACGGCCCCUGCCGCCGACGACCUCCAAGGCUAAACCGUUCGAAUACACCGGCCAACCAGCAAACCUGGACUUGAUUGAACAGAUCGCAGAGCUCCUGGAAAAGAACAAGAUACCAUUUCAUGUGGUCAAUGACGUCAUCCCGCAGUCCCUGCAGAAGCAGGCGGUCCAGGUCUUGCGCAAGGCUAACUUCGACGAUAGCUGCCGCCGGAUUGAGAAUAUAUGUCUAGCUCGGUGGGUGCCCGCUCAUGUCUUCCACCUCCAGCCGGCAGCUCCGGGGGAAGAGCUCCAUGUGGAUCUGAACCUGUUCAGCCACGAGGACUGGUUCCCGAACGUGAAGCUUCCGGCCUGUGGUCCGCUGGCCGAAGAUGAUGAGACUUAUCUGGUCUCGACCGAUACGCGUCUCGCCUCGUGCGAGCAGGCCAACUACGAGGUCAAGUUGUUCCAGCCGGCGCGGAUGGUGGAGGCCAUAAUCCGCCUCGCCAACCGCGACUAUUACCCGUACGGGCCCCAGCAUCUGGACUACAUCCCAUUGUCCGACAGCUGCAAGUGGGUGGAGGAGCUCUCCAACAUUUUCUCCUCGUUGAUCCCGGAGAAAGAAGAGGACAGUACUGCUGCUGGUGCUGGGGAGCCCCGCAGCGAGCCCCCGCCUCCCUGGGCCCGUGCUCGCAUGAACGAAGCCUUUACCGAAGCGCCUGAGCUCACCCUGAGGGGUCUGGAUCCUCGAUGGCUUCGCCUCGAAGAUUUCCACCGGCCAUGGUUUUUCUACUUAAAGAUGCUCAGCCACCUGCAGGAUACCUCGGGAGACAAGACCUCAGAAAGGGGGGUGAAGGUUCAUCCCUUCCGAGUCGCCUUCCACGCGUGUACUGGCUUCGCUGAGUUGUCCUGGCUCCCUUGA